AUGGCGUCCAGCGGCCAGGAGCGGACCUCCGAGGACUGUGGCGUCUCCGGCAUCACGGGAUGCAGCAAGACUCCUCAGCCUGAGACCCGGGACAGCUUACCGACUCCCUCCCAGGGCUCAGGCCCCCGCGCGGUUCCUGUGGCUGCAGCAAAUUGUGGCUCCUGCCUUCGGAGGAAUGUGAUCAGCGAGAGAGAACGCAGGAGGCGGAUCUCCUUGAGCUGUGAGCGCCUGCGGGCUCUGCUGCCUCAGUUUGAUGGCCGGCGGGAGGACAUGGCCUCCGUCCUGGAGAUGACUGUGUACUUCCUUCAGCUUGCCCACAGUAUGGCUCCUGGCUGGGAGCAGCUCUCUGUUCCUCAGCCUUCCCAGGAGAUGUGGCACCUGUGGCAGGGGGAUGUCGUGCAGGUGACCCUGGCCGAUCAGAGUGCAGAUAGCAAGCCGGACUCCGGGAUAGCAAAAGCAUCCGGUGCGGCUCGAGUGCAGGACCCCCCAUGCUGUGAGAUGCUGAGUAUGGACCAGAGCCAAGCCCUGGGGAGAGUGUCAGAACUGCUGGAGAGACCCUCCUCCCCGCUUGGUAAACCCCAGACUAACCUUUCUUCUUCCCAUUCAGAGCCUUCCAGCUUGAGUCCCGGGCUCUCACCCUGGCUUCCUCACUCAUGGCAGUUAGCCACCCCCCAGACGAGCGACAUCAUUUCUGGUGGGUUGCACCCCGUGGGAUCCCUGGCCAGGGACACUGAAUCUCCGGGCAUGCUGGCUGAGGAGGCCAACUUGGUCCUGACAUCUGUGCCUGAUGCCAGAUACACCACAGGGACAGGGUCCGACGUGGAUGGAACAUCCUUUCUGCUGACCACCAAUCCUGAUUGGUGGUUGGGGUCGGUGGAGGGCAGAGGAGGUUCGGCCCUGGCCACGAGCAGCCCUAUGGACAGGGCAGAACCAAGCUUCAUGGGGGACCCUGAGCCCAGCUCCCCGGAGCUCCAGCCUAGCCCCGUAGAGCUGUGGGGCUUGGAUUUUGGCAGCCCUGGCCUGGCCCUGCAGGAUGAAGCAGACAGCCUCUUCCCUGACUUUUUCCCGAGAGUUUAGUUGUCAGCUUGGUGGGGGAACAGGGCAGUACAGGGGCAGUACCGUGCCCCUGUCCCUUGCCUGGGUGUUGUAUUUUGGGUUUCGUUUGCAGCUGCGGUCUAAUUUGAGGGAGGCUGGCAGGGAGGGCUGUGAGUUGUAUUAAAGAGGAAAGUGGUUUU